AUGUGCGACAUGUGGAGGGAGGCGGGCGUGCAGGUUCGCAAAUGCCGUGCACAGAAGACGCAUCACAAGGAGCUGAUCUCCUGCAAGUUCAUGAUGCACGUCAUUAACGAAGUACUGGACUUGGCGGAAGGCAACAGCAGCGAGUUGAGCGCCAUGGUGCUGCAGCAGCUGAGCGAGAUGCGCGAGGAGUUGGAGCCACGCAUUGCAGAUCUCGAGAAGCGGCUGCAUGGUCUAGGCGCAGGGUCCGUACAAAGCGACGACAGCCCGCGCGAGCACCAAGAGGGAGAUGCCAGGGAGCGGUCCGAAGGACCGGCCCGGGCCUCACUCUCCGAGGUCCUGGCCUCGCUGGGCCUGGGGCCCAGGGCCAAGGUCGGGGCCUUCGGUGUGGAUCCGAACGGCACUGGCCCCCUGGACUGCCACGGGCAUGGCUGCGCAGCCACAGGCACCGGCUGUCACAGCGAGUGCGAAUGCCGGCAUCUGGACGCCAUCGAGCGGCAACGCUGGGACGCAAACGCCGGCUUCCGCUACCCAAAGAGGCCCAGUUUGGUCAUAACCGCGAGCCGGGACGGCCAGCACUGUGCCUCCACUUGGGCCUUCAAUGCGGUUCGGCUUCUGUUCCGACAGGCCAAGGAAUCCUGCGACUCGUACUGGAUGCGGCACGUCACGAGAGAAAAACUCCAGCGCCGCUUGGUGACGGGUGCGCACGUGGUGGUGAAGACGCACGAGUGGAAAGGCUCCGUUGAAGCUUUCGAGGACUUGAAGAAGAUGCUCAGCCACGUCGUCCUGAGCGUCCGUGAAG